CACAUACGCACUCUGCCCAACUCUCCAAAGCAACAGGCGAGAAGAAGGAAGAGCCACAAAAGCGAGGGGCAACUUUUUCAUUGUUGUUGAAAAGAUCUAGAAAACUUUCAAAGAUGCCAAACGCCUCGUUUCCGCAGACGGAUCACUUGCGAGGGAAGUGAUUUUCCUUUUUCUUUUUCCUUGAGGAGAAAACAGGAGGAAGGACGCGCGUUUCUUUUUUUUUCCUUCUUCUUCUCUCCUCUUUGCCGUAUGAGACGUCCAAAAUUCCCCCUCGGUGUUCAUACAGCAGGAGCCUCGGAGCUGGGAGCUUUGUGAUCUGCAUGUCCCCGGGUCUCUGUGGAGGGCAGUGAAGGAUGCCAGGAUGCCCUCUCUGAUCGCCCGUCUGCUUGUCAUCUGGCUGAGCGUCCACAGGCUGGUGUGGUGCAUGGAGCGCUCCUCCACACGGGAGCGCUUCAAGGUGGUCAUCGCGCCGCUCAUCUGCAAGCGGAUCUGCCUGAAGGGACAGUGUCAGGAUACCUGCGAGCAGGGCAACAACACCACGCUGAUCGCCGAGAACGGGCAGGCGGCCGACACGCUCAUCGGACAGGGCUUCAGGGUCGUUGUGUGUCCCCUGACAUGUAUGAAUGGAGGAGUAUGCAGCUCCAGGAAGCACUGCCUGUGCCCUCCGGGCUUCACCGGUCGGCUCUGCCAGUUUCCACUCCAGCAGAUGCGACAAGCUCAGGCAGCGCGGGGCAACAAGCAGCCUGUGUACCCCGUACCUUUGAAGCCAGACGGCCAGAAACUGGUGGAGCAUUCAGGCAUUGGGCGGACGCAGAUGACGCAAACACACUCGGUUUUCACCCUGCCUUUGUCACAAGUGGGGCACCACUCAUCAGAAGUGCAGAUUAACGUACGUGUUCACCACACGCCGGACACCUCUGUAGUCAUUCAGCCUCUUGACGCAUCAGAUAUCAAACCUCCUCUUAAGACUGGGCCUCGUCUGUUCCCAUUGAGACACAAACCAAAGGGGCGCUGCUUCCAGGAGACCACACCCAAACAAGCUUGCAACAGCACGCCGCUACCUGUUCUGACCAAUCAGGAGGAUUGCUGUGGCAGUGUGGGGAACUCGUGGGGACAGAACAAGUGUUAUCAGUGCCCCAAACUACCAAAUGCAUCAGUCAAACAGACCAUUGUGGAAGACUACGGCUCCACCUGUCCACAAGGCUAUAAAAGAUUCAACAGCACUCACUGUCAAGACAUCAACGAGUGCUCCAUACAGGGCGUCUGUCAGAACGGAGACUGCCUGAACACACUGGGCAGCUUCAAAUGUUCCUGUAAAUCUGGUUUUGUCUUGGAGAGGAAUCAAUGUGUUGAGUCUCCAGCUGAGCAGGCUCAGUGCUUCCGGAUAGCGUCCGAUGCCAGAGGCUGCGAGCACCCGCUGCAAACCGACAUCACCCAGGAGAUGUGCUGCUGCACAGUAGGCAAAGCUUGGGGCCCAAACUGUGAAAGAUGUCCUCAGGUGGGCACAGUGGCCUUCAGUAAGAUCUGCCCUGCUGGAAAAGGCUAUUUUCUGCAAAACAGAAGACAAACUGUGGCCUUGCCUCCCAUCAUCUUCGCCCGCAAGCCUGAACUGGAAGAACCAGACUGGAUGGAGAGGCCUCCAGAGACGACAACUGCCGUGCAGCAGACUCCGACCAGCACCAGCAGUCCUCGCGUUCCUGUUGUUAAACCCACCCCUCCGACAAUCGUCCGAAUGACCCCGGGCAAUGACCCCUUCGAAACACAGACUAAAGUCUUCCCAGAGACAGAUGAAUGUAGGCUAAGCAGAAACAUUUGUGGUCAUGGAGAGUGUGAGAACAGCCUGAACGGCCACAUCUGUCACUGUCACCCUGGCUACCAUCUCAACCCUCAGAGGAACAUCUGUGAGGAUGAUGAUGAAUGUGAGUCAGAGCCGUGUGGCCACGGCAGAGGCCACUGCGUCAACACAGAAGGAGGCUACAAAUGCCACUGUCGCCAGGGCUAUAAACACAUGGUGCAGCAUGGGAGGCUUAAGUGCAUAGAUGUGAACGAGUGCUCGAAGCAGGACAUCUGUGGGGUCGGAGGCCAGUGUGUGAACCUGCCUGGUUCGUACAAAUGUGAAUGUCACCCCGGAUUCAGGAGCAAGUCACACCGUCAUCCAGCUUGUGAAGACAUAAAUGAGUGUUUGAAUCCCGACACUUGUCCCAGUGAGCAAUGUGAGAACACACCGGGCUCCUAUGAGUGCGUUCCUUGCUUGCCUGGUCAUGAGGCUCGAGCUGGAACCUGCUAUGACAUUAAUGAGUGUCAGAAGCCUGGCAUUUGUCCUAACGGCCGCUGCGAGAACCUGCCUGGUACUUACCGCUGCCUGUGCAACGAGGGCUUCCUCCCAUUUGCAGACAGCAAAGGUUGCAGUGACAUCGAUGAGUGUGAGGACGUUCGGCUGUGUGCUUACGGACGCUGCAUCAAUACUGACGGCUCCUUUAAGUGCCAUUGUUACCCAGGAUACCAGCGCACACAGGAGGGCAGCCACUGCGAAGAUAUCAAUGAGUGUGAGAGGCCAUCAAGCUGUCUGAAGGGCCGUUGCAUUAACAGCAUGGGUUCAUACCACUGUGAGUGUCAGAAGGGGUACACGCUGGCUGGAGGCAGGGGAUGCCAAGACAUAGACGAAUGUGCCGCAGACAGAAGUCUCUGCCAGCCCUACGGCUCUUGUGAGAACAGGCCGGGCUCGUAUGUGUGCGUCUGCAACCACGGUUAUGUCCUCUCGGAGGACAAACACAGCUGCGAGGCAGUUCGAGUGCUGACGGAUGAGAAGAAGGAGUGCUACCUGAACCUGGAUGACACCGUGUUCUGUGACAGCGUCUUGGCAACCAACGUCACCAAGCAGGAGUGCUGCUGCUCCAUUGGAGUGGGAUGGGGGGAUCACUGUGAGAUCUACCCCUGUCCUGUCUCCCAUUCAGCCGAGUUCCACUUCCUUUGUCCAAAUGGACAAGGUCUCUACUAUGAAGAGGGAUUCCAGUACAGCCUGCCUGCCUACCAUGAUAUUGAUGAGUGCUCCUUGUUUGCUGAUGAAAUCUGUAAGAAGGGUCGCUGUGAGAACACGCUGCCAGGAUAUGAGUGCUACUGUCAACAAGGCUUCUACUACGACAGCAACCUCCUCGAGUGCAUUGAUGUGAAUGAAUGCCACGAUGAAUCCCUGUGCACUAAUGGUCAAUGCGUCAACACCGAAGGCUCCUUCUACUGCAACUGUAACCGGCCCUGGACCCCUGACUACAACAAGAAGAAGUGUGUGAUGGUGACGGUUGCAGAUGUAAACGAGUGUGAGGAUCCAGAAAACUGUAAGAAUGGCCUCUGUGUGGACACGCCAGGGUCGUACUACUGCAUCUGCUCUCCACCCUGGGCCCUGGCUACUGACCGGAACAGCUGUGUGACUCCUGAGGAGCAGGCUGAUGUGAAUGAAUGCCAGGACCCCUCGUACUGUAAGAAUGGGAGGUGUGAGAACACGCCCGGCUCCUUUCACUGUUUUUGCGACCCUCCCCUCACCUUCAGUGCAGCGCUGAAACAGUGCGUCUAUGACGAUCGCACUGCAGCCCACAAGGAUGUGUGUUUCCUGCAGGUUGACGAGGGUUCCAUGUGCAGCCAGGCCAGGAACGGCAUGGUGGUGACUUACUCAGAGUGCUGCUGUCACUACGGUCGAGGCUGGGGGCCCGAGUGUAACACCUGUCCACCCAGAAACUCAGAGAUGUUCAGCCGUCUGUGUGAGAUGCAUCUCGAGACCGAGUCCGAUGGGGAGCAGGAUUUCUUGGCAGCUUUCGCCAACUAUAACCCAGGUGACAGCUCAGAAGAGGAUUCGGACGAGUGCAGCUGUGCAAAUGGCCGCUGUGUCCGUUCCUAUCUGGGCACCAUGUGUGAUUGUAACCCAGGCUUUAGGCUAGACCACUCCCGUACCCGCUGUAUAGACAUUGACGAGUGUGCAGAACCAGGAGCCCGUGUCAGUCCGUGCAAGAACGCCCGCUGUGUGAACACCGCCGGCUCAUACAAGUGCUUCUGCAAACACGGCUUUGUGGCCACACGCAGGCCAAACGUGUGCGCCCGUCGCAGAACUCGGUAACCUCCGGGUGCCACUCUGUUUGUCCCCGUCUACGCAGCACACUCAAACUCCCACCCUGUACAUGCUGUACGUACACUUCUAUUUCAUAGUAUAAACAUGGGACUGUGUGUACGCAGUGAACCUAAAAAAACGUGUUCUCGUCGGGAGCCACAUCAUAGCAACAGCUCAUAUGAAGCGUACGAAACAUAUCACCGUCAGCUCCUCUUUCAGUCGCCAUUUCACAUUUUAAAAAGUACUCAAUAAAGACGAGGAAUAUGGUUGUUUGUUAAGCAUUUUUUGUAAUAAUUAUUUUUUUAAAACUGUUUUUGUAGUUUAAGUUUAAAAAUGUGCUUUUUUGCGUUCUCCCUGUUGCAUUGAUCUUAAUUUGAAUCUCAAGCAAACUCUUGUUUUAAUAAGGAAAUGUGUUUCAAAGAUCCCCACGGCAUAACUGUUGUCUUCGACCCAUUUAAAGCUUCUAUACCACAGGAAUGAACUUUUACAUGAUGUGGUGUUCCCCUUUACAUUCCCAUUUAAUCCGCAUUCUUUCAUGUUUAAUUCUCAAUCAGAUGAAUUGUAUUUUCUUGCUAGCCACACUUUGCUGAUUUUGUUUUAUUGUACAGUUUGUUCAGCAGAAGGGCCCCUGUCCUACUCCUGUUUAUUUGUUGAUGUAAAAUAAGAGAAACCUGAGGUUUUUGUAUAAUUUGACAUGUGCACCUAAGUGUACUUAAGCAAGAUUUUUUUUACAAAAAAAAGAAGUUCAUGCACUAAGCAAUGAAAAUAGUGGGAAUAUUUGCUAAAUGUAGCUUUUUUUCCCGGAAAACCAAGAACGUUUAACAUCUAUUGUCAUAAUUGCUGCAUCAAAGUAUUUAGAAAACCAAAGACGCUGUUGUGAUAAGAAGAAUUUAAUUAAAAAAAAGAACGUGUCAACCA